UCCGGCCCGGCGGCUGAACACGCCUGCAGUGUUUACAGUGCGGGUCAGAGACAGCGAGGCGGGUCAGAGACAGCGAGGCGGGUCAGAACAGCUGCUGAUUAAACUCUAAGAUCAGCGCGGAAUGAACAGCCCGACUCUUCAUGAUGUUCCUCACGAUUUCCAGACCAGGUUCUUCUCCAUGUGUCGCUUGCAGGCGUUUCAGUGGGAGUCCUUAGAAGCUGAGCUGAAGGCCUCCGAGUCUCCGUCCGAAAUCAUUUUGGACAUUUUAAAGAAGACGUGUCUUCACUCCAUCUGUCGUAAAAACCCCCCGUCAGUGAAAUACCGGCGGCUGUUCCUCUCAGAGCUCAUCAGAAGAUGCGAGCUGACCGCUGCAGAGCCGCUGGAUGAGCUGUAUGAGGCGCUGGCCGAGGUGAUUGGUGCCGAGGAGAAGCCAGUCUGCUAUAAAACGUAUUUACUGCCUUCAGGGGAGCCAGUGAGUCUAGAAGAGAAUGUAGCGGUCAUCUCAGAGGGCACCACAGGGCUGGUCACCUGGGAAGCUGCUCUCUAUCUUUCCGAAUGGGCACUGGAAAACCCACACAUCUUCACUGGCAGGACAGUGCUGGAGUUAGGCAGCGGAGCAGGGCUCACUGGUAUAGUAGUGUGUCAGGCUUGCAAACCCACAAAGUAUGUCUUCAGCGACGUCCAUCAAAGCGUGCUCCAGAGACUCAGGAACAACAUCCAGCUCAACGGCCUGACUGAGCAGGACGCCUCGUCGGCCUGUGUGGAGGAACUGGACUGGGAGAAUGUGAGACAGGAACAGCUGCGACGGAUCGGAGCGGAUGCGGUCAUAGCAGCAGAUGUGGUUUAUGAUCCUGAUAUAAUCGGCUGUCUGGUGAAGCUGCUGCUGAAGCUUCUUAACUGCAAGACUGAGGAGAAGCCUCCUGACGUUUAUGUGGCCUCAACCAUACGCAACCCAAGAACAUACGACAGCUUCAAGGAUGAACUGGGAAAGGCUGGAUUGAAACACGCCGUUGUUACACAUCCCGUCACACAGGUCUUCCCAUACACCCGGGUGUCCUCCAUAGAAAUAAUCAAGAUACACUGUUGACCAAACGGUCAGAAUCUCUUUUUAUAAUAAAGUGCUCAUUUACAUGGAAAA